GAGCAUUGCGUCAUCGGGGGUGUGUUGUGCGGGAGGCGGGCCCAGCCUCCUGUCAGUCAGUGACGUGAGGGGAGCACGUGCGCCGGUCAUGGCUGUGAGGACGCUGUGCGGCAGUCUUCUGUCUGUAGGCAAGGCGAGCUAGACACCGCCGCAGCUCCCUUCGCCGACGGGCGCCCGGCGAGAGUGCAUGUGUGCGUGUGGGGGUGUGAGUCUGCAUGUAGAUGCUGCACGGGCUGCAACCGGAGCCGCUGCUGCUGCCGCUGCUGCUGCUGCUGGUGAAUAAUGUAGACAGGGGCACAGUGUGGAUGGCAUGCAGGGAGCUAGAUUAAUAAUGCAGUCUGUGGAGGACAAGGCUGGGUAUUAGUUAGUCCUGCUGGAACCUGUGGCUGCCUGCUGCCCGCCCGCCUUCCUUUCGAUCCGGCUGACUCUCUCAGAAAAUGUCUCACUACCAUUUCAUCAAAUGCUGUUGUUUCCAGCUAUGUAAUGUUUUUCGUCAGAACAUGGAGAUAGACCAGUGUCUGCUGGAGUCGCUCCCCGUCGGCCAGCGCCAGCGGCUGGUCCGGAGGAUGCGCUGCGACCAGAUCAGGGCCUACUACGAACGGGAGAAGGCCCUGCAGCGGCAGCAGGGGGCCGUCAAGGUCCGAGUCCCGUCGUCCCGCCGCAAGAAGCAGCGCGUCCGCUUCGGCCUCAGCGACGUCCUGCAGGACGCCGUCAUUCGCCGCGACGACAGAGAAGUGCUGCGUCUUCUGAAGGAGGGAGCCGACUACAACGCUCCUGUUUCUUCGGGGGGAUCUUUGCUCCACCUGUGCGCCCGCCACGACAACGUGUUCGCGGCGGAGCUCCUGAUGGAGCGAGGCCUGAACGCCAACCAGCAGGACGAGGACCUGUGGACGGCCCUGCACGUGGCGUGUGCGUGCGACCACGCGGACGUGGUGCUGCUGCUGCUGCUGGCUGGAGUCAACAUUAUGCUGCAGGACGUUAAUGGAAACAUUCCUCUGGACUACACCUCAGACGGAACCGAGAGCAGCUACAUCCUCCGGAAACACCUGGAGGAAAACGGCGUCGAUGUGUCAUCCAUUCACGCCAUGAAGACGCAGAGACCCAGCACCAUGUUAUCUGACGUCAGGCAGCUCGUGGCCUCAGGAGAAAGCCUCAAUCAGAGCAACGACGACAGGGUGACGCUGCUCCACAUAGCGUGUGCCAGCGGAUACAGGGACGUGGUGCGUGUGCUGCUUGAGAAUGGAGCCGACCCCCAUCCCGCCGACAACAACUUCUGGACCCCUCUGCACCUGGCUGCUAAAUAUGGACAGACAAGCAUCGUUAGCCGGCUCCUGAGGCACAAGGCAAACCCGACUCUCAUAAACUGCAACCAAGACAAGCCCUCAGACCUUGCUGCAUCAGAGCCCAUAGCUGAAAUGCUUCUUAAAGCAGAGGAGAGCUGGCUGCAGAGCCUGAAGGACCCCUCCGCUGCAGCGCCCCCUGCUGACCAGCGCUACGACGGCGGCUCGCACGACCUGAACACCCCUGUGAAGAACCUAAACCCCCUCGGACUCCCCAUUGCCAAGCGCGACAGCCUCCUGGAGAAGUGCGCCAUGUUCAGGGAGGCGGCUGGAGCGCUGAGCCGCCAGCCAUCCCAGGACAACGGCCUAGAUGGCUCGUUGGGGUCCGGAACCAGUAAACUGGAGCAGGUCAAGCUCAUGCCUCCGGCCCCCAACGAUGACAUGGCGUCCCUCAGCGAGCUGACGGACAGCAGCCUGCUGUAUGAGAUGCAGAAGCGGUUCUGCAACGAUCAGAUCUAUACUUACAUCGGACACAUCGUCCUCCUGGUCAACCCAAACAAGGAGCUGCCGAUCUAUUCCAGCUUGGUCAGUCAGUUGUACCUCAGCUCCACGGGUCGUCUGUGCUCCUCUUUACCCCCCCACAUCUUCUCCUCAGCAGAAAGAGCUUAUCACAUGAUGCUGCAGGAGAGACGGCCCCAGUGUUUCAUCCUGAGUGGUGAAAGCGGGUCUGGGAAGACAGUGGCAUGUAAGCACAUAGUGAGACACCUGACGGCUCGGUCCGGCCCCCAAGGCUUUGCACUGGAGCCCAGAAUGAAGCAUGUGAACUGUGUCCUCGAAGCCUUCGGUCACGCAAAGACGCCAAGGAAUAACAACUCCAGCCGCUUUAUCAAGAUGCUGACCAUCCAGUACUGUGAUAAGCGGAGGAUACCGCUCAGAGCCCACGUGUGCACCUACAUGCUGGAGAAGUCUCGUCUGGUCCAUUUGCCUCCGCACCAACACAGCUUCAGCAUCUUCUAUCUGAUGGCUGAAGGCCUGUCGCCGGAGGAGAAGAGCGCGCUUUAUCUCAACAACGUCCUGGCUCACAGGUAUCUCAGUGGAAGCCUUCCAGGGGACAGUCCUCCCGUAGCUGCAGCUUCUGCCCAGAGCAGGGAGCGCCUCGCGGCGCUGAAGCACGCCCUGCGGGUCCUGGGCUUCAACAAGCAGGAGGUCGACUCGGUGUUUAUGCUGCUUUCUGCCGUCCUCCACAUCGGGGACCUGCAUUUCACCGCGCUGACAGAUGCCGAUACGGCCUUCCCAUCGGACAUGCAGCUGCUGGAGAGAGUUGCUGGAAUGCUGCAGGUGUCCUCCAGCGACUUAAGCACCGCCCUCACCUCCGACAUUCAGUACUUCAAAGAUGAUGUCAUCACCCGGCGCCACACGGUGGAGAUGUCCGAGCAGCACAGGGACCAGCUGGCCAAGACCAUCUACGGCCGCCUCUUCAGCUACCUGGUGAACGGCGUCAACGAGUACCUGCAGGGCCAGGACGACGGCGACGGUGAUCCUGCUUUGGAAAUUGGGAUCUUGGACACGUUUGGGUUUGAAGAGUUUCAGACGAAUGGAUUUGAGCAGCUGUGCGUGAACAUGGCCAAUGAGCGGCUCAGGCACCACGUCUCUGAGGUGCUGUUCCAGCAGGAGCAGGCUGAGUGUCUGCUGGAGGGCAUUCCCAUGGAGACCCCCCAUUCCCCUGGGAACCAGCCUGCCCUUCUGGACCUUUUUUUUCAGAAGCCUCACGGCCUCCUCUGUGUGCUGGAUGAGGAAAGCCAGAGUCUGCGGCCAGUAGAACAGACCCUGUACAAGAGGCUGUCGGCCCAGCUGGACUCCAAUCCAACACAUGGCCUCUCUCUCACCACCAAGGAUGGCAAUGGAAACCCCCCCCCCAAAGACCAGGGCCCGGCCUUCACUGUCAGCCAUUACGCCGGGCAGGUUUCCUAUGACCUCACAGGAGCCCUCACAAGAAACAGAGACGUCUUUCCACAGAACCUCCUGUUCACAAUGAAGUCCACCGAGAGUGUGUUACUGCAGCAGCUCUUCCAGUCCAAGCUGACUCAGACUGGUUCACUGGUGCCAGCUGCCCAGGGCCGCGCAGGACUCCGGGGGCCUAAAGCCGCCUUGCUGCUUCACAGGAUGCCAUCAGCCGUUGUCAGUGACAGCCCUGUGCCCCAAAAGGCCCGGCGGUAUCACGACCUUCCCAAGAUCUUGAAGAAGAAAGGGUCGAGCUCGAUCCUCCAAUGGCUGGAACGCUGUGGGCCCGUCACAGUGGGUGUCCAGCUGAGGAACUCCAUGUCAGAGGUGAUCAGCAAGCUGCAGGCUUGUACCCCCCACUUCGUGGAGUGCGUCCGGCCCAACGCCGGCGCUCAGCCGGACGCGUUCGACAGCUUCCACGUCUCUACCCAGCUGCAGUACAUUGGGGUACUUGAGAUGGUGCGUGUGGUCCGGUACGGAUACCCCGUCCGCCUGUCGUUCCCCGGCUUCCUCAGCAGGUAUAAAGACCUCGUGGUCCCGAUGCUGGGAGACAAGAAGAAGUUGUCUGCAGAGGAGCGGUGCCGCUCCGUGCUGCAACAGUCCAAACUCCAGGGAUGGCAGAUGGGCAGCAGCAAAGUGUUCCUCCGAUACUGGCAGGCAGAGCAGCUCACCGACCGCUGUUACCAGCACCGCAGGAAGAUCAUCACCUGUCAGAAAGUGGCGCGCGGCUGGCUGGCCCGGCGGAGCGUCCGCCGCACGCUGUCGGCGCGGCGGGCGGAGGAAGGCGGCGUGCAGCGCUUCCUGCAGGGGGCCGAGGACAUGGGGCUGCGGACCUACGAUCAGCUGGUCCUUCAGAAUGCGUCCGACAUUGCGCGGGAGAGCGACCGCCUGCGCUGCCAUGGCAACAGCCUCGUCCACGCCGCUGGUUGCAGCCCACCCCUUGGAGAGAGGCCUGAGCCGGUGGGCAAAGAGGAGGAUCAGCCUGUGAGACGGGCCGUGGAGAAAAGUGGGAAGCUUCACGAGGGCCCUGUCAGCGGCGGCAGUCGAAUUAUUCGCCACUUUCGAUCCAGCUCAGUUCCUGCUCCCCUUGCCGUGGAGAAUGUCCACUCUUCAGCCAGUCCACCCAUCAAACCGGCGCCGCCAUACGCAGUUCAUGCCAACGACGACAGUGCAGGAUGGGGCGGCCUCUCCUCACCUCGGAAGCAACCGCCCCCCAAACCAAAAAGGGACCCCAACACUCGCCUGAGUGCGUCUUAUGAAGCAGUUAGUGCCGGCCUGGUGAUGGCAGCUAAGGAGAGCCCCACUCCAGAGGGCUGCGGGUCUCCAGCUGGAAGCCCCCCGAAGUCCCAGUUAUCCCCAACAGACCCUGCAGCCUUGUCCAAGCCCCGCCCCCACAGUGAUGACUACACAACCAUGAGGAAGGUGCCACCCCCCAAACCUAAGCGCAGUCCCAACACCAAGCUGACAGGCUCAUAUGAGGAGAUCAAUGCUGUUGCUCCCCAGCUCCACCAGCUGCGCCCCGCGGACGUAAAACUGGCCCUGCUGUCCCGUGCCGGAGGCUUUGGAGGCUUUGGCGGUUUGAUGCAGAGAGCAGCCUCCAUCGACGGCCCGCAAGGGGUGGCGCUGAGUCUGUUCCAAGGCCACGAUGAGGAUGUUUACAUAGAGAUGGUGGGCUCUCAGCCACGGGCUCGAAGCCUCCAGGAGCCCCCCGAUAGCCCGGAGCAGGCUGACUCCGAAGCCGUCUAUGAGGAAAUGAAAUAUUUCCCCUCAGAAGAUGGUGGCGCUGCUUCAGUUACCAAGACGACCAAACUGGAGGGCUUAGGCCUUGGUUUGGUGGGGCUAGGCUCGUCGCCUCCUCAGGGUGGGGAGGCCAAACGGAUGCCAUGUGCCGUGGACGCUGCCCACUCGCAGACCACAUCCGGCAGUGCUCCUCUGAAACACCAGCCUGGUAAAGAUGGAAACUGUGACAUCCCUGCUCCCUUUCCCAACCUGCUCCCCCACCGUCCACCUCUGCUAGUGUUUCCGCCCUCCCCCGUCACUUGCUCUCCUGCUUCAGAUGAGUCGCCUCUCACCCCUCUAGAGGUAAAGAAGCUUCCGGUGUUUGAGACAAACCUGAACUACGCUACUGGCCCAGACAGCCCUCUGUCUCCACAGUACGCCCGCCAAAGGGCCGACUCCUCCCCCAGCCUCACCGUCCUCAUGCCAGAGAAGAAGUCCACGCCGCCACUCACCCCUCCGCCCAUGCCUCCUCCCCCCAGUGCCCCCCCUCCUCCAUACAGACCCCCCUCACACUUCACCUUCCCGCCCGAGGCCACCUUCCUGGCUUUAACGCGAGCGGCGUCAGUCACAGGGGGUUCAGAUUCGCCCAAACCCUCCUCACAGAGGGCAGGUGGGGAUCCACUGGGGAAGCCGCCUCCCUACUCCCCAGUGAAGACGACCCGCCCUGAGCCUCGGAGAGCACACUCGUGCUCGUCCUCCCCCCUGCUGUUCAACCCAGCCAACGGCAGACCUCUGACUAGCCCCCUUGAUGAACUUAACACUCUGUUCAGCUCUGGAAGAAGCUUGCUCAGGAAGUCUGGCCGCAAGAUGAGAGAUGGAGGAUUCAAUUCUAAUAUCAAUUUGCCAGGGAGGGAGGACUGUGGCUCUGCCCCCACCUCGCCAUCCCUGCAGCUACAGGACAGGAACGCCAACAACCAGUCUUCUCACUCUCCCAGUCCCGCCCCCGUAGAAAACGGCAACCAGAUAUCCAACGGAUCGCUGGAGGACGAGAGCAACGGCAAGUCCAAUUCGUACAGUACAACGUCUCUGCACAGACACAUGGACAGUCAUCACACUCAGGUGUUCCAGCGGCUGCGUCUGUCCAACGGGGAUGACAGCGCCGCGCUGCGGGACCUCCUGCAGUGGCGGCGAGUGCAGUGUGAGGCGCAGGGUGUGUGGAAGCGCGGCGCGGCUCAGCCUCCGUCCCUGCCCCCCACACUGCUGUGGACCAACAGGAAGGCCUCUCCGUGACGGGGGCCGCGCCGCUCAAUCACAGCGCCGGCUUUCAAGUCGUCCUCGCUCUCCAGCCGCACUCGCACGCCGAUGUUUUUUUUUUUUGUUUUUUUAUGCGGACAAAGUCAUCUCAGCUCCGAGCCCCAGAGCAUGAGCGCAUGCCCUUCUACCUUAGGAAGCUACGAAGCUCGACCCCGCUGACAAAAAGAGAAACCGUGAAGGUGCACUUCCUGUGAGGGGCGUGAUGUAAAGAGUCAAACCAAGUAGCAGUGUUUGUGCGGUAGGAAGAUACGGCCCUUCAUUCCUAAACCUGGUGCUACACAUACUUGACGAGCCGUCAUGUGACCUUCGCGCCUGUGACGGCCUGCGAGUGUUUACGAGUUUUCAGCGCCUCUGAACAGGCUGCGCCGCUUUCAGGUACACAGCUCUCACUUAGCCGCCCGUGUCUGGGCUUUAAGUGCUACUGCCCCGGCAACGGGCGAUCAGGGGUCAGGGUAACCUCAGUAAUGUCCCAAGGUGCACCUCUCCUCCCCGUUGUUACCACCAACCUUUGAGGAAUGAAACCUUAUGGCCAAAAUGCAAACCGCACUUAACCUUUAUGAAGAAGGGCAUGAAACAAAGCAGAGGGGUUUUAAACUGUGUGUUAAAGCUCUAGAUGACAGGUAUAUUUUUUCAUGUCGUGAACAUGAAACUUUGUGCCAAAGUGACAUGACUUGUGGAAUACGAGUCUAACCCAACAAGCGUAGUUAUAAAACACGGAUGUACCCAGUAGAUCCCAUGUAUUCAGACAUGUACAGACUGACACAUGACCAAAUCCCAGCUGCUGCAGCGCUUCACUGGUGACUAAACGUACUAUUUAUACAGAGAUUUUAAAAAAAAUGCGCUGAAAAGAGGAAGACAAAAGCAGUUACACUUCAGAAGUAGUGACUUGUCUUUUAGUGUCUCAUGGACACGCGUGUGGUUCAGGAGACUGUGCCGAGCUCAGGACCUCACGCACAGACCGACACCGUCAUCAUACGGACGCCCCACCUCCUGCUGUGGUUUCUAUUCUCCUUCACCCCGACACACUGAACGACCCCCCAGUCCCCCAACGUCGUCUCCAUAAUACUGGCUCUACGGGUGUUACCAUGGUAACCACAAUGUAAAUAUUCACCAGUGUCAUAUGUUCUAGCUUCCGCUAUGGCAGAAAAGCACAGAGACUGAAAUGGAAGGCGAGGACGAGGGAGGCUGAGAUCCAAGAAUGUCUCGGGUUAGAUGCAAUGACCGACGUGAAGAGAAGAGGUUUAUUUUAAAAUGUGAAUGUUUUUUUUUCCAGAGUGAUUGUCUAUGGCUAUGAAAUUCUUCAUACUCUAUUUAAUAAUUGGCUUCGCCCCUCUUGACCCUGUUGUUUUGUUUCUAUGAUGCAGAUGUUUGCAUUGUCUCUGGAUGUUUUAUUGCACAGUGUCUCUGUGGUGUCCUGUCCGUCUGUAAUGGACCGGGUGUGUUUCUACAGCCUGCGUGGUCUGUGUAGAUGGGUCUGCAUCGGAGGAGCCGCUAAGGUGUCGAUAGCUGUGAUUGAUUUCUCAUUUCCCACUGAUCACGGCAACGCGUCUGAUUGAUUCAGCCUCACGAAUUAGCAGCACUGUCAAAGGCUCCAUCUCAGCUGCUUUCAGCGGAUCAAGGUGCGCAAAUGUUCUAAAGAAACUGUUGUUGGAUCAGAACCAGCGAAGCUGCGUUUUGGACUGACUGGAUGAAUGUGGAAGGGUUUUCUGUUUCACUGCCUGUGUGUGUUUUUAAUGAUUACUGUCCUCAACAGCGACUCGUGCAGUUCAUGUUUUAAAGCAGGUGAAUGACAGAAAGGUAUUUAUUGGCUCCAUCACUUCCGCCCCACGCUGUGACUGGGGUUGCAUGAGUAGCGCUGCACGGCAAAAGUAUGUCAGACAUUUUUAUGACGGCGCGAAUGAGCUGAUUCACACAAGGAUUUGGACCCAUCUGCCAUCGAGCACGACAAAGAGGAAACAAGACCAAGCUCGUCAGCUUGAAGCAGAACGUAACGGCUGUUUGAAUGCUGUGAAACCACGUUUACUGAAGAAAAGAAGAGUCCAACGUGAAGAACUGCUCCCCGCUGCACUGUGAAUCACUGCACUGUCUCAUCUGAGCCCUGGUCGUCCGUCUACAUCCACCCUUUACCUGGAACGGCCCCCGCACCCACCGCCGCCGUACGAGCCCCCGAUGAGGUCGCUCAGUCUGACGGAAGCGACCCGGCUGCCAAACUGCUCCCAGUCAUCCUGGUUAGUCAGGAAUCUGCUCUGAGAUCAGCUCUCUGGUGCUACAGCAGUGCCCCCAGCUUAUGCAUACAUGUCCAGAGAGACACUGCCUUUCAUUGUGUUGGUUUUUAUUGUAUUUUCAUUUUGUACAUGACAUACAGUAUAUUUUAACCUGUAUACAUUAGUGUUUGUGGAGAGAAAAAAAUAUAUGUAAGAUUUCAUAAUUAUUAUGUUCCCAAUGUUUUAUAAGUACUUUACCUGUACAGCAAUAAAGCACAAAUGUGUGAAUGCUG